GCUACAAUCGCAGUUUAGACGUCGCGUUGGGCAGAACAUAAAGCGGACGAAACAAUGGUUAAGUUUAAGUCGAGACAGCUGUAUCUGGUUACCGGCUUCAUAACGGGAUUCGUUUGCGCUUUUAUGCUGAUUCUCAACAUUGACGAUGUGCACAUUGAUAUCAGCAGUAGGAGCGACUACGCCUCCUCUGCUGCAGCCCACAGAAUUCAGCGAGAUCUGGCGGCUGACAUUCGUGUGCUCUGCAUGGUGCUCACCUGCCCAGAAAAUCUGGAGCUCAAUGCCCAGCAUGUGCACGCCACCUGGGGUCAGCGCUGCAACAAGUUAAUUUUUGCCAGCAGUGAGAACUAUGAGCCGCUGGGAGUCGUUAAGGUGGUCGAACCAGAUGCCGGCAGCUACAAGGAUUUGUGGAAUAAGACACGAGAGGGAUUUCGAUAUGUGUGGCAGGAAUAUGGCGAUCAAUACGAUUGGUUUGUCAAGGCCGACGACGACACAUACAUUAUUAUGGAAAACAUGCGUCGCAUGCUCAGCGUCUAUGAUCCCGCCAUGCCCCUAUAUUUUGGCUACCAGAUGAAACGCUAUAAUGUGAGUUACAUGUCUGGUGGCGCUUCAUAUGUGCUCAGUCGUGAGGCACUGCAUCGCUUUAUGAGCGAGGCCUACAGCUCGGAGAAAAUCUGUCCGUCAGUCAAGGAAUGGGGCAUUGAGGAUUACUAUAUGGGAAUUUGCCUUCAGAAUGUGGGCGUGCAUUUGAUAGACUCUCAGCGCGCAUUGCCCGAAGAGAAUAAAACAAUGAUUUUUCCCCUCGAAGUUGGGGAAUUUGUUUACACUAAUAAUGACAGCAUUCCGGACUGGUUGCGGCAGAUGAGCGUCUCACGGAUAGAAACAGGCAAAGAUUGCUGUUCGAAUUAUUCUGUAGCGUUUCAUUAUAUGACGCCGGGUCGAAUGUAUCUAUUCGACUUUUUGCUAUAUAAUAUGCGAGUCUUUGGUCGCAGCUACGAGGAACAGAGGCCAGUGCGACUUACAAAUGACGAGGUGCUUGAACGGUUUCCACUUGAAAACAAUUCGGAAAUUAGAGAUUUAACCAAAAUGCUCAAUAUGCCAGAUAAUUUUUAAAUUUCAUAACAUAAGCUUAUUUAAGUAUAUAU